AUGGUCUUAUACAAGAGAAAAAUUGUCGUGAGAGACGACGCCAUCACGGCCGCCGGACACUUGACCACGAGGCAGUCCUUGGUUCCCAACGGACUUGUCACCAUUCUCUUCUUCUUGUGGGGGUUCGCCUAUGGUCUUCUUGAUGUUCUCAACUCCCACUUCCAGGAGACUCUCAACAUCACCUCUAGCAAGGCGGCGGGCCUAUCUGCCGCCUACUUCGGCGCAUACUUCAUCUGCCCACCCACCAUUUCAGGAUGGAUCCUUAGACGCUUCGGGUUCCGUGUCACCUUCAUGACCGGGCUCGCUGUCUUGGCCGUUGGUUGCCUGCUCUUCUGGCCCUCCGGUCUGAAGGCCUCCUUCGGCGGUUUCUGCGGCUCAAUGUUCGUCGUUGGCGCUGGCCUCUCAACCCUCGAGACUGCCGCAGACCCUUUCCUCGCUAUCUGCGGUCCCCCCAAGUAUUCCGAGAUUCGAUUGAACCUUGCUCAGGCAGUUCAGGGUGUUGGGUCUUUUGUCGCUCCCCUGCUCGCUUCUCGCGUCUUCUUCAAUAACAUCACCGACAAGCAGGGUCUCAGGAACGUUCAGUGGGUGUAUCUCGGUGUCGCCUGCUUCGUAGGCUUGCUCAUCGUCCUCUUCUUCCUUGCGCCCAUGCCUGAGAUCACCGAUGCCGAUAUGAAUCUCCAGGAGGGCGAGAUUGGAGAGCGCGACCCCGGUCCGUUUCGCAAGCAGAUCAACUUAUUCCUCGCCGUCUGGUCUCAAUUCUGUUACGUUGGUGCACAGGUUGCCGUUGCCAACUAUUUCAUCAAUUUCUGUAUGGAAGCUGGCCGGACUAAGGCCCAAGGCUCAGAUCUUCUUGCUGUUGGACAAGGCCUGUACGCCUUUAACCGUUUCCUGGCUGCUGGUUUGAUGACCAUUCCUGCGAUGAAGCCGCGUUACAUCCUAGGCAGCUACCUCGCUCUCUGUUUCGUUUUCAUCGUUGCCGCUAUGAACACUUCUGGCACGACAUCAAUUGCCAUGCUGAUUCUGGUGCUCUGCUUCGAAUCUGCCUGUUUCGCCACCAUCUUCACCCUCGGUCUGCGAGGUCUUGGUCGCCACACCAAGCUCGGCGGUUCGCUGCUAGUUGCUGCCAUCUCUGGUGGCAUGGUAUUUCCACCCAUGACUGGUGCCGUUGUCGACCAUAGGAACGCUCAUAUUGCCAUGGCUAUCCCGAUGAUGGGCUAUAUUCUAGCCUGGAUUUACCCUCUGUACGUCAACGUCUGGAACAGGGAGAUCAUGGACUCCCACAGAGCGACCAACGUCGGCGUCGAGCCCGUCAGCGAUAAGAGCCUUCAACUUGAGGCUCAGGAGUCCCGUGUGGAGGAUAAUAUUCCGGAGGUCAAAUAA